CAGRUAGCAAGGAUGUUGUACAUGUUGUACAGUUUGCAGAAGGCAAAAUAUGCAGUAAAUGGCCAGUAAAUCCCCUUAAAAAGCUCCCCRCAAUGAAGAACGAGACAGCAAGAAAGCGUCUUGCUCGCAUACGAUGUCUUUUAGACACUAUAAAACGCAUGGAACAAGGAAAACCACUUCCUUUAGCCCUCUGCUAUGUCCGUGGUGAAAUCAUAUACGGAGCCAGUUCUGAAACUUCAAGUGAAACUAUUCCUAUUCCUGUUCUACGRAAACCAUCUAAAGAUGCGGAAAAACUUGGAGAGAUAUAUCUCACCUCUGGGAUUGAAGUUUCAGCAUCAGGAGACGAAUACAACAAUAAAUAUGGACGAUGGAUUAAACUUAACCAGAAAUCUCUUCAAAAGUUUUGUACUGCAUCUUCAAAGACUAUCAAGGAAGGUUGGGUAUUGCAUAUACCAUGUGAUCCCAAGCAAGGCCCAGGCAAAGAAUGCCUAACUCAACUCCCUAAUAAAUCUCAGUCGUCUCACAAAAAGGCCUCAGGAUCAAAGGGGAGGAAUUUUUUAAGCUGGAUAGAGGCAGUYGAAGUAUCAUACACAUUACAGCUGACUGAACCACCUGUGAUUGACAAGUACGGCGAUAAAGAAGCUAUGAAAGAACUAAGUACACCCCCUCCCAAGUGGAACCUUGAUGCUGAYGAAGAACUGGCUAAAUUUCUUACUGAUCAUGUAAACAAACAUGAAACUAGUCUUGGAAAUAUCAGCAGAUUUGUUGAAGAUAUUGAUGUGUCUUCAGAAAGUGAAACAAAGAAUAAUCUAACUGAUGGAGAUCCAGACAGCUUCUGGGAGUCUGAUGGCAGUCAAGGAAGACACUGGAUUAAACUGACUCUUAAACCUGGUACUGUUAUAAGAAGGCUGUAUCUGGGUGUUGAUUCUAGAGAUGAUAACUACAUGCCUUAUAAGGUGUUUGUCUAUGGUGGUGAAACAGGCUCAGUGAAACUACUAAAUGAAGUCUACAUUGACUUAAAUUUCACCGGUGAUGCACUWGUACUUGAAUCAAUGACACAGUAUUUUCAUAUUAUUGACAUCAGGAUCAAAGAAUGUAAAGAUGACGGUAUUGAUACUAGAAUACAUAGUAUAAAGAUUGUGUCAGCAAGUGAAAAAGAACCUGGUUUAUCUAUUGAUAUUCUCUCUACUGCUCAACUAGUCAGGUUUCCAAAGCUAGAUGCUGUUGAUAUUCCACUUCUGUACCGUCGUGCGCAGGUGCUACAAAGGUUUAUUGACUUACUGGACAGUGUCAUACAUUAUUUACUUCCUUCCUGGAAUUACACAGUAGGAUCAUUCAAUGAUCUAGAGGCAAUYAGACAACUCCUUCCUUUAUCACGGUACAGAAAUAAUUUAUUAGAAAAGUUUCUCAAGGAAUCUCAGACAGGUCCUCCUCCCAGGAUGCCUAAGCUGUUCAUUAAUCGACGUCUCGCAGCAGAGCACCGAGCAGACCCAUCACARGACCCUGAGGGAAAAAAUACAAUCUUCCAUCAGUUAUAUGAGAGUCUUCAACAAGAAAKGUGUGGUGUAAAGCUUGACUACAGAUGGCCAGGAAGGUAUGACCAGUGGUGGGAAUGCAAGUUCUUGUCAGAAGGAAUCAUAGAUCAAGGUGGUGGUUUUCGCGAUUCAUUAGCUGACAUGGCGGAGGAGCUGUGUCCUAGUGCAAUGGACGACCCGAUGCCUUUACACUACUUUGUACGAACACCCAAUCAGCUUCAAGAUUCGUCUAGUGUUAACAGAGAUAGUUACAUCCCUUCACCGUCUUGUAAAGAAUUCUCUAAACUUGAAUGGUUAGGAAUGAUCAUGGGGGCGUGUCUACGUAGUGGAAGAGAACAUUUGGUUGUAUCUCUGCCUUCAUUCGUAUGGAAGCCUUUGGUGGGUGAGCGUGUGACGUGGUCACGUGACUUCAACACAGUGGACCUAGCACAGGUGAAGCUACUAGAACGACUACAAACAGUUGAUAAAGAAACCUUUGAUAUAAAGUUUGGUGGUGUAUUAACCUUUACAACGGUUCUUAGUGAUAAUACACUAGUUAACCUUGUUCCUGGGGGAUCAGAACGGUUUGUUGAAUACGAUGAGAAGGAGUUGUACUCUAAACUUGUUCAAAAGCACCGUAUGAAUGAAUCCAAACAACAGAUCGACGCUAUAAGACGAGGAUUAUUAAAGGUGGUUCCUCAAGCAGUGUUAGACCUCCUAACAUGGCAAGAACUAGAAAGAAGAGUCUGCGGUGAUCCUGAGAUUACAGUAGAAGCAUUGAAGAAAUGCUCUCACUAUGAAGACAUGUCUGCAGAUAACGAUCAGAGAGUCAAAGAUCUUUGGCAAGCCUUGGAAAAUUUUACAAACGAGGACCGAAGUCGUUUUUUACGGUUCGUAACAGGCCGUAGGCGUCUUCCCGCACCGUUAUUUAUUUGUCCAGGCAGAAGUAAUGCAGAGGUCGAUUCCCUGCCUGAAGCAGCGACCUGUUCUAGUACUCUAUUUCUACCCAAGUAUUCAAGCCCUAAGGUUGCCGAGGAGAAAAUUCGCUAUGCUGCUUAUAACUGCGUAGCAAUCGACACCGAUGUCAGUCCAUGGGAAGAGUAAUGAUGAGCCAGCACUGYCAAUCAACCAGCGGUUUACUUAUAAUCAGGUGGACCAUUUCWGACAUUGUGAUUACAGUGCCAUUGCACAGCGGUAAAAUCAAGACAAAUCGCACAUAAUGUAUACAUGACCACCGCUUCAAUGAACGUUAUAGAAAUUUUCCAAUUUUUAAACUGCAUCUUAUUUGAUUCCCAAUGUCACGCGGCUCUUUAUUUCAGUUGCGUGACCAAACCAUCAUUGCAGUGUACACAGAUUGCACUUAUAUUUUUAUUAAAAAAUAUGUUGCCUCGUUAUAUUAGCUUAAGAUUUUMAAAUCAAAUCCUAAAAAAAUGUUACCAAAUGUUAUGAAUAAGAAUAUAAUACAAUUAUAGUUGUGUAAAGUUUGUUAUGCGACACAGUAAAUUUGCUUUUAUUUAUGAUGAUUUUCUUAUUUUUUUUUCGUUUGUUCACUGGAAGGAGCUUAAAAAGCAAAGUAACAACGAUACAGGUUAUGUGAUAUUUUUAUUGUGUUCUACAAGUAGGGUAAACCAUCAUUACAAAAUAGUGAAAAAGUACGUGUCUUACAAUUAAAGGGUGCGCGGUCAACCGGCAUCCCUUGCGAGCUUCUUUUUUUUGACAMUAUUUCAAUUACACCUCAGAAACUUGUUGUUUUUAAUUGUUUAGACCCAUWAGAUAAUCUAGGUGGUGUUCACAGRAAUCUCC